AGUCCUAGUUGAUGAGAGUUACUUCGGAAACAAAAAAAGUAAAGUCGAAUUUUUUUGGUUAUUCUCUCAAUUCGAAUAAAAUGCAACUGGAUCUAGUAUGUAUGAGUUGGCGAUCAGAAUCUAUAUGGAUAGAAUUUAUAGUGGGAUCUCGAAAAACAAGCAAUUUCUGCUGGGCCUUUAUCCUUUUUUGGUUCAUUAGGGUUUUAUUAGUUGGAACUUCUAGUUAUCUUGGUAGGAAUUUGAUAUCUUUAUUUCCGUCUCAGCAAAUAGUUUUUUUUCCACAAGGAAUCGUGAUGUCUUUCUAUGGGAUCGCAGGCCUCUUUAUUAGUUCCUAUUUGUGGUGCACAAUUUUUUGGAAUGUAGGCAGUGGUUAUGAUCGAUUCGAUAGAAAGGAGGGAAUAGUAUGUAUUUUUCGUUGGGGUUUUCCUGGAAAAAAUCGUCGCAUCUUUCUACGAUUCCUUAUGAAAGAUAUUCAGUCCAUCAGAAUAGAAGUUAAAGAGGGUAUUUAUGCUCGUCGUGUCCUUUAUAUGGAAAUCAGAGGCCAGGGGGCCGUUCCCUUGACUCGUACUGAUGAGAAUUUGACUCCCCGCGAAAUUGAACAAAAAGCUGCUGAAUUGGCCUAUUUUUUGCGUGUACCGAUUGAAGUCUUUUGAAAUGAAUUGCAGAAUAAAAGCUUUCUCGCCGGGAGGAAAAAGCUCAAUCCAAGAAUCCUCUUUUUUCUAUAGCAGAACUAAACUGAAGUUUCUUCAGAAUGCCCAUUCAAACCAAAGCGGACGUAUACGGAAGAGUCAUAACAUAAAAAAACAGUUUUUUUUGUCCACAAAAAUAGUUUUUUAUGCGUCUGUAAAUGUAAAACCGCUCAACUUAAUUCAGUAACAAAAUAAGCAAGAAAUCGAAAUACUGGAUUCAUCUCAUAUAUCAAAGUAUUUCGAAAUAAAGACUUUCGCUUUUUAUUUGCAAUAUUUGGAGUUGAUACGUGAGAUACAGAUAGAUCAUAUCUUGUAAAUUUUCUCUACUUUUCUUUUCUCAAUCGGCCCCUCCCCUUUUAUCCUUUCUUUUGUGCUCCUUAAGAACUAAAGAACUAAACAAGUGGAUUUCUUUCUUAUAACAUAAUGAUAAACGUAAUGAUACCUUUUCUGUCUUUUUUUGUCACUCAUUUUUGAUCAGCAUAAUAUUUUUCCUAAUUUUUUUUUUCAAUUAUUGCUGGACUCUAGACUCUAUAUAGUUUAGAUAACCCGCGAAAAUUUUCGACAUAUUUGAUUGCGAUCUUGAUAUAGACAGGGCGCUCCUUCGUCUCAAAAUCUGAAUAGAACAAUCUUUAUUAUUUGAAGCGGUUCUUUCGGGCAGUUAUCAAAAGAGGGCAAUUGCUUCGAAUUUGAUCAAUUGAGAUAUCUGGAAACAAUAACAAUAUCAAUAUAACAAUAAUAUAUAUAUUUCAUUCGAAUUCAAAGUGGAUUCUUAUUUUCUAUAUUCUGUAUUCUUUUUAGAUUCAAUUAGAUUCAAGGGCUAAGCACUGAAUCAAAAAAAAAACAGAGAAUAGAUUCAUGGGCCCCUACUUUAUAAUAUAAUGAAA